AUGGACCUCAGAGCUCUGACGCUGUUUCUGUGUUUCUGCAGCUCAGUGUGUCCAGAUGAGUUCCGGCUGGUCGGAGGUCCGAGUCCCUGUUCUGGCAGACUGGAGCAGCAGCGUCAGUCGGACUGGGAACCAGUGAGGGACCAGAACUGGAACCUGACGGCAGCAGAUCAGGUAAAAUCUGAUGUCAGAGCUGAUGGAACUCCAGAACCGCCCCCCUUCAGUGUGGAGAUCACCUGCUCAGGUAGAGUCCGGUUGGUUGAAGGAUCCGGCCGGUGUGACGGCACUGUGGAGGUGAGAAACAGGAAAGAAUGGAGACCAGUGAACGAGCCGGACUGGGACCUGGUGGCUGCCAGCGGAGUGUGCAGAGAGCUGGACUGUGGAUCUCCAGUUUCAACCAGAAGAAGAGAGACGGGUCCAAAAGACACCUGGGGACUCGAAUCUAACUGCAGUGCCUCAUCUCUGAUUGAAUGUUUCACAAAACAUCAAACCUCCUCUGGUGUCAUAGAGGUCACCUGUUCAGACUCUGUGAGGCUGGAGAACGAGACUCACCUGUGUUCAGGUAGACUGCAGGUGAAGAGGAACCAGGUGUGGUCCUCAGUGUGUUCAGAUGGAUUUGACCUGCAGGAUGCUGAGGUGGUCUGCAGGGAGCUGGGCUGUGGUUCUCCUUCAGGGUUUGAGCAGGAACUCUAUGGAGAAGCUCCAGAGUGGAUCCCAGAGUUCCGGUGUGGAGGCAAUGAGUCUGCUCUGCUGCACUGUGAGCGCUCAGAUAGAGACACCUGCUCACCUGAAACCACUGUCAUACUCACCUGCUCAGACCCUGAUGAUGUUCGGUUGGUGGGAGGAGCUAACCGUUGUGAUGGUCGACUGGAGAUGAAACAUGACGGAGUCUGGAGAGCGAUGAAAAUCCAAAACCCCGAACGGAACCUGAACUUGGCGGCUCUGAUCUGUGGACGGCUGGACUGUGGUCCUGCAGUCUCUGCAGUAAACAGACCAGAAUAUCCACAGGAAGACGCCUGGUGGAUCAGGUCCGGCUGCCCUUAUUCUACACUGAAGCAAUAUGUGACAGUGAAUAAUGAACAGACCUCUGACAGCUUGGAAGUCACCUGUUCAGAAUCUGUGAAGCUGAUGGGCGGGACUCACUGGUGUUCAGGAAGACUGCAGGUGAAGAGGAACCAGGUGUGGUCCUCAGUGUGUUCAGAUGGAUUUGACCUGCAGGAUGCUGAGGUGGUCUGCAGGGAGCUGGGCUGUGGUUCUCCUUCAGGGUUUAAGGAGGAACUCUAUGGAGAAGCUCCAGAGUGGAUCCCAGAGUUCCGGUGUGGAGGCCAUGAGUCUGCUCUGCUGCACUGUGAGCGCUCAGAUAGAGACACCUGCUCACCUGAAACCACUGUCACACUCACCUGCUCAGUUGGACGUGCCUUUGAUCCAGAAGUGUCUUCUACUCCUGGAGGGUUUCCAACCAGAGGAGUACAACAACCCUACACAGAACGUGUAUAUUAAUUUUACUGGCAAGUUAGGGGUUCACAUCCACUUCUACUUGUAACACACCAUCAGUACCAUGUCGGUAGAACAUCUGGUACCUACAUUAAGCUCAUCAGACAGUAGAUGGCAGUCUUUGUUGACAGUAGUCUAACAUGGCUUGCUCUGCUGUAAAAUGGUUUAUGUAAACUAUAUUGUUUAAAAAUGAACCAUUUUCCUAGGCCUUUGCUAUGGUCUGUCUCUGCAGGAAAAUCUGUUCUUACAGGAUGGUGAGCACUUCUAUGGUUCACCUUACCAUCAAAGGUAAGAUAAGAUAAUCCUUUAUUACUCCCCUUGUCCGGGGAAAUUUCCCAUGUUACAGCAGCAUACAUCAUACAGUAGAGCAACAAUAAGCGACAAUAAACAACAAUAUAAUGAUAAUCAUAAUAACAAUCACAAUAUGUUCAGGAGUGUAGGAUGGAAAAAGUGGCUUAUGGAAUGAUGUGAAGUACAAGAAGACUCAAAUAGCGCAAGAACUGUGCAGAUUAUGUGGUAAAGGAUGAUGUGAUAAGAGUCCAGUUUUGUGUUAACAUCAGCCAGUGAUGCCGAUGUUAUAAAGGGGAAAGGAUGUAUUUUUUGUGUACUAUUUCAGUGAAGUAGAGGAAGUUUGUAGAGGGCAGGAGAAAGAGCUGAAGAAAGACAAUUCAGUCUGGAGCAUAGACCGUAUAUAUCUAUAAUGUAUAUACAGUCUAUAGUCUGCAGGUAGCGCUCACUUCAGGAAGGGCUAUAGUGGCAUGAAAUGUUAAAGCUAAAAUACAUUUUACCAAACUAAGAAAGAGAAACAUUUACAGUUUAUCUGAUAUAUCAGUGCUAUAUCUACUGAUGCAUAUUAAUGUCUGUCUCUCAGGAGGUAAUGAGAUCAGAAGUUUUGUGGCGGGAGUCAUAAAGCUAAUUUACUUUUGUGUGUUUAACUUUUAUUUUUAUUGAAUGUUAUUGUAUGAAACAAAUAUAAAUAUAUAUCUGCCUCCAGA